ACUUUCCAGAGGUGAAUUGUACUGUACGCGGGCAGGGGCCUGCCCCACCUUAAUGAAAUCGAUUCGACCGGACUCCUGGCUGCAGGCGGGGGAGCGAGCUCAGCGAGGUGCGGGCGGGCAAGCCAGCCCUUGGGGUUCCAUCCAUGACCAUAUCGCACCUACCUCUACCUACCUACCUACCUACGUAAACAACGAGCUCUGCGCGAGGCACGCAAGUGGAAGCUCCCCGCCUUGAUCGGUCUUUUCCCCCUUACAACCCGACAUGUAAGGUCCAUACUCAAAAUGGCAACCAAAGGAAAAGAAGUAGAAACUGCGGGUCGUGAUGCCACGCCCGCGAACCCCCGAGGUAUCCCCCAAGCGCCCUUCGUCGACAAGGUCGAGGACUAUGUCACAUCUCGCGCGGACGUCGAGCCCACCCUGAGGCGGUUCCAAGAGUUGAUUGCCAAGUACCAGUUCAUGGAGCAGAACCUCCAGCGACGAGUGGUGGGCUUGAAGGAUAAGAUGCCGGAUAUCCAGAAGACAUUGGACACGGACGAAUCAGACCCAAUCGAAACCACGUUCGAGCUCAACGAGACUCUCUACGCCCAGGCCAAGAUCCCACCCACGGACGAGGUGUACAUCUGGCUCGGCGCCAACGUCAUGCUGUCGUAUCCCAUUGAGGAGGCCGAGCAGCUGCUUGACUCGAAGCUCAAGGCGGCGACGCAGAGCUUGCAGAACUGCGAGGAGGAUCUGGAUUUCUUGCGAGAGCAGAUUACGACGAUGGAAGUUGCGGUUGCGAGAGUGUACAACUGGGACGUUGUGCAGAAGAGGAAAGAGAAGGAGGAAGAGGAGAAGACAAAAGGAAAGAAGAGCGAGACGGCGUCGGACGGUUGAAGAAGAGAUUAGGUCAAUACAGAAAGCAAGGACAUAAUGCACCAUCACGAAAUGCCUUGGCAACGAACG